AUGUGCAGAACAGAAAUUUGCGGAAUUUGUCAACACAAGUCUUGGACAGGAUGUGGCAAACAUGUGAGUGAGGUUAUGGAUAUCACACCGAAGGAUAUUUGGUGCACAUGCGAACCGUUGGAUGCUGAGGAAGCUGUAUUUGUCGAAGGACAUGGCUCUUACCCACCAAAGGCUGGUCAAGGUUUUAGGAGAGGAAGUUCUAUUAGUCCAGUUCAAUCAAAAUAG